UGUGUGCCGAUUCUUGAACUCCAACAAGCCUAACCAAGGACAAGGACUGGACAGGAGCACGGAUGUGCCCACGCUUGUCUGCAGAGGGCGAAUACUCUCUGAAAAUGAGGGCCAACCAGCUGUGACCACCCUCCAGGGGAAGCAGGGCUCUGGGCAACCGUGGCGAGGUGUGUGUCUUCUAGGCGAGUGAGCAGAUAUUAGGACCCAGGAUAGCCUCUGCGAGGAGUCCUGUCUGACCCAGGAAGGUUCCAGCCAUGUCAAACAAGGAACAGAAGGACAUGAAGAAAAGUGGCAAGCACCAGAGGGUACAUAAGACCCUCCCAUCAGAUGACUUCAAGAACUCAGAUGCAGUUAACCCUGCUGACAAACCAGCAGUUGGUACCAGUGGGAUGGGCAGCCAUUCUUCAGGAUCAGACAUGCAAGAGGCCAGGGAGCCUGUUCAGAAGAAGAUGCAGGAUUUCAAAGGUGAUGAUGGUACAGGACUUCUUAUGGAAAAGAGGAAACAGUUUGAAGAGGAUGUAAAUGCCUCUUUCAGAAGUCUGAAUGAAAACCUCCAGAGCAUUUUGAAAGCUCAGCAGAAUUCAAGGCAGGAGCUUAAGUCUCUGUACUGUGAAAGAUUUGGGUCGGUGUACCACAAUUGGCUGGUUGAGAUGGACAGAACAAGGGACCAAGAAGAAUACUUCAGUUUUAUAACCCAGCAGCAAAUGAAGAUUUUACAGACGGCUAUAGAGGACCAUGAAACCAAGCUCAAAAACGCUAAAGAUAUGUGUGACACAUUUUUGAAGAAAGCCAACGACUUGAGUAAACGUCAAAAAACCUUUAUUGGUGGUCAGCAGACUAUUGUGGAGAAGGAAAUCUCCAAGGUGCAGAACAGAGUAAUCAUGGAAACCCAAGAUCAAGACAUAUCCAUGGUUGAAACAUACCUUCAGUCCCUGAUCCAUGAAAGCUCUGAAGAAACCAUCUGAAGAUCACACAUAGGAUACACAGGGAAGGAAGCGUUAGCCAUGCUAAGAAGAUGUUGGUAGUAGUCAGUGCAGCAUCUUUCUCUUUACUUUGUUUGUUACAAUUGAGACUGAGACACUGUUAAUCAUUAAGUGAACUCCCAGCAGCUCUGUGAGUAGCGAGGACAGUUAAGUGUGGAUCAUCCAGGCCCAUGACAGCAAGGGAGAUUCAUUCUGCCCAGUAGUGGCAAUUACAUUUUGGAAGCAAAUGUCAUUUGACUUUGUGGUUGAUUCUCUGUCACUGUUCCAAAGUGAAUGUUACCAUACUUAUUUUAGGAAGAAGUGAAUAAAGAUGGGACCCAUUUUUCUGUG